AUGUCGGGGGACUGGGAUGAAGACCUGUGUAAGAAGGCGCUGGUGUUGGUGGAGGAGCUGUGCUUCAACUCCCCGAGAGGUUACAGCCAGAGUGAACGCUGCCAGGAGUUCAGCUACCUGCUGAGAGGUCGCAACAGACAGGUGGACACAGAGAUCUCUGUCAGCCUGCUAUCGGUCAUUGUGACAUUCUGCGGCAUCGUCCUCCUCUCUGUCUCCCUCUUCGUCUCCUGGAAGCUCUGCUGGCUGCCAUGGAGGGACAAGGAGGGCGGAGGCCUGAGCCUGACAUCGGGGUUGCUGCCCGGAAGCGCCGGUGUCGGAAGCCUUGGAGGCACCGGGGGCUCGUCACUCUUACCCCCCUUGCUGCAGAGGAAGGAGGGCCACUCCUCGUCCUCGCUCUACCCCUCUCUGGGCCAGCAGGGCCAGCACCACCCCCAUUUCUCUGACCUAGUAGGGCUGGAGAGGGGGGAGGUCGGAUGUGUGGUUGGAGGUCCACAGGAGACCCAGGAGCCCUCCUACUUGGAUAUGGACUCCUACCCCAACAAUGCUGGAACUCUGAAGCUGAGUCAGACGUCUCCAGAUGUCCCCAACUCAGAGGUUGGAGCCCAGCCCGUGAAAGACCUGCCCAACGCUCAUUCCCAGCAGCAGGUCACCUCCCGGCCCAAGCCCAUGACUCACCAGCUCUCCAGUCCUGAUUUCCACGGCGAGGAGAAGGAGCAGGUGACUAGCAUUGGGCAGAUCAAACCGGAGCUCUAUAGGCCCAAGGGCGACCAGGGCGAAGGCAAACAGGGCGACAACUGCGGCAAGAUCAGCUUCCUCCUGCGCUACGCCUUUAAUACGGAGCAGUUGGUGGUGAAGAUCCUGAAAGCUUUGGACCUGCCAGCGAAGGAUGCCAACGGCUUCUCUGACCCGUACGUGAAGAUCUACCUACUGCCAGACAGGAAGAAGAAAUACCAGACUAAGGUCCACAGAAAGACCUUAAACCCAGUGUUCAAUGAGACGUUUCAGUUCGGCGUGCCGCUGAAUGAGCUACAUUCCAGGAAGCUGCAUUUCUCUGUGUACGACUUCGACCGCUUCUCCAGACACGACCUGAUAGGCCAGGUAGUGGUGGACAACCUGCUGGACUUCAGCGAGGGCAGCGGGGACAAACCCGUCUGGAGGGACAUUGUGGAGGGCACCGCGGAAAAGGCUGAUCUCGGGGAGCUUAAUUUCUCGCUGUGUUACCUGCCCACUGCAGGCAGGCUCACUGCUACAGUCAUCAAGGCCACCAACCUCAAAGCCAUGGACCUGACUGGCUUCUCAGACCCGUACGUGAAGGCCUCUUUGAUCUGUGACGGGCGAAGGCUAAAAAAGAGGAAGACUUCCAUUAAGAAGAACACACUGAAUCCCACGUACAACGAGGCGCUGGUGUUUGACAUUCCCAAUGAAAAUAUAGAAAGUGUAUCCAUCAUCAUUGCCGUGAUGGACUAUGACUGUAUUGGCCAUAACGAGGUUAUAGGAAUGUGUCGCGUGGGCAGCGAAGCUGACGGUCCAGGGAGGGAGCACUGGACGGCCAUGCUGGCCAAUCCACGCAAACCAAUAGAGCACUGGCAUCAGCUUGUGGAGGAAAAAGCAAUUGGUACAUUUGUGUCGAAGACUGCUACAGCAUCCUCCCCUAAGCCGCACAUCGUGGUGGACAGUCCUCACUCCGAUUAAAACUGUCAUUACCAUCUCUCCAGCUCCAGACUUUCCUUUCUUUCCUCUCAUCUGUGAAUAAUUCUCUCCAUCAAAGAAAGAGACGCGGAGACACUGCUAGUGUCCAACUGCUAGUGCUGUCUUGCUCCUGCUAAUGAAUCCUCCAA